AUGAAGAUGUCGACCUCUACCUUGAUCAAUCUUCCGGAUAUCCUCCUUAUCGGAGCUACAGGCCGCACUGGUCGUCUCGUUCUAGCAUCAGCACUGAAACGCGGCCACCACGUCGUCGCCUUGAUCCGACCAUCCUCGAACCUGACGCCGCAAGCCAACCUCACGAUUUUUGAAGGCUCUCCUCUCGACUCUGCCUCUAUCACCACUGCCCUCUCCCCUGNNACAACAGGUCCAGUGGUCGUAAUCAGCACACUGGGCCAAACACGCACAUCUGGAAACCCCUUCGCCGCAACAACUUCGCCUGCACUCUUCAUGUCUGAUUCGGCUACUGCAGUUGUCUCAGCAGCAAAAGCUUUUGGUCCCAGGAUCCAGAAACUGGUCCUGAUGUCAAUGUUUGGCGCUGGAUCUUCCUUCUCCAAUCUCAACUUUCUCAUGCGAGCAACUAUGCUCUACUCUAACAUGAAGCAAACACUCGACGACCAGAAUGCUGUUGAUGGGGUUAUCAAGAACAGUGGACUGAUAUUCGUGAUGCCCAGACCUGCUAUGCUUAAGGGUGAUGUAGCUUUGCCAGUCAAAGAUCUGGGCGAUACAGGAGAGAUGGCGGAAUUCAUGCCGUCUGUGAGUGCGCAGAGCGUCGCUGAGUUUAUGCUGGACGCGGUUGUUAGUCAGGAGUGGGAUGGCAGAACCCCUGUUCUUUCGAAUUGA